UGGAGUUUUCAGCUGCAACAGCUGGUGUUUUUGUAAUAUCAAGCUUGUGGUCAGUCUUCCUCCAUCUGUCAAUGAUGUAUUUCUCUGGUAUCUUUUCGAUGUUGAGAUGGAUCAUCACUCGAAGUAUGUGCGAGCAUAGCAGGCCAUCUUUUUGGAAUGCACAACAGAUGCAAGAGUAUUCUUCUUCUUUUAGUCCAACUUGCACUAGGGAAGAUGAGCCAUUCCUCCUCUCAAGUAAGCCAAGACAGCUACAAUCCUUCUUGUUUCCAGGAAUCUUUCAAUGUCUUCUUCGUCAAGGAAUUCAUCUUCUCCCUCUUGUUGUAAUUGAUGUUGUCGUUCAAGUUUGUGUCCCAUGGAUCGGAUUCUCCUGCCCCAUCUUCGGCCACUGGCAUUUCUCGAUGCAAGUCUGCCUCCAUUGUCUGCAAAAGUAGAUCGAAGGAAAAUCUUUGUGAAACUGUCAGCGCAAGAGACAUACAAGGGGGGUGAAAAGAAGAGAUGAUGCAGAGGAGUUGCUGACCUGUGGAUCAUGGUCUUCAGCUUUUUCAUGAUCAGCAGGUUCAUCCCCGUCUGUGAUCUGUGUGUUUCCUCUUCGUUCUUCUCUUCCUGGGAGCUCUCCUCCUCCCCGAUCUGUCAUGUUCGCCUCUCCUUUUCCCAUGGGGUGUCGCCAGAUCCGGUUAGGUGAGAUCUGUGUAGCGUUUUUUUGGAGGUGGGGGUCUUGUAUAGCGUUUUUGACAUGUUGCGUGGUUUGCAAGCUACCAGGGAGUAC